AAUCGGCAAUCAUUCUCACUCCCUACUCUCUCUCGCCUGCUUUUAUUCUCCUUAUAAAUACUCUCGGACAUGUCGACAAUUCCACAGCAAGAGCUGCCUCGCCCCGGCGGUUUCCCUGAAAUCAGAUAUAAGCGUUAUAUUCCUAAGGUCGGACCUUCGGGUCUUGUCCUUUUCUCUGGCAUUACACUCAUGUGCACUUUCGGUCUGUACAGAACCGGCCAGGGUAAUCUUGAGCGCAGGGAACUUGAGCGUGAGAAGGUGUGGUCGCGUAUUCACUUAAUUCCACUUUUGCAAGCCGAGGCUGAUCGUGAUACAUACCGUCGCGAGGUCGCUGCCAAGCAACGUGAGGCCGAGAUCAUGAAGAACCAUAAGGGUUGGAAGGCUGGUGAGUCUGUCUACAACUCAGAUCGCUAUGCCCCCAAGCCAUAUGUUGUCCUGCCAUAAAAGAAUAAAUAAAAGAAUAAAAUAAGACAG